AUGUUAAGUCAAGUGAAUUUGAUCGCUAUAACAUGCGACUCAGAGCUGUCGAAAGUAAUGCGCACUGAUGACCCGAGAAGAGACUCGGUAGUGACUUCGGUGCGAGAGCAAGUAGCAGUAGCCAAAGAAAUUGUGAAAGCAACGCUCGUAGAAAUCAGCGAGUGGAUCUAUGUGGGAAAAGGUUUCGACGAAGUAGUAAUACUGGGUACAAACGCGCUAGAGUUGUUCAACCUCAGGCUCUCCAAAGGCGCUGAUACACGCAAGGAACCUGAGGACGAAGGUCAAAUAGCUGGAGGCGUCAGCACAGGCCUCAAAGCAAGGGUUAAAAGUAGGGUUUUCGUUCCAUCGAAAGCAAUGCGAACCCUGACUUUGACAUGUGCACGAGCUGAUCUUCGGAAGUCGCCAUUUCUCUGUUCGUCUCAUCCACUCAUACCUGAUGGUGUAUGCAGUGCCACGGACAACGACGAAGUAAACAUACCUGUCAUCAACAACUCAAAUCAAGGAAUGGUAUUCAAAAAAGGAGAACCAAUAGGAGAAUGGCAAGUCAAAGACUGGGUUAAACCGAAGUAUGUCGAGCCUGAGAGGGACAUGUUGGAUCUGAACAGACCAAGAAAAUGGUGUUCCACUGAGAGCCGGAUAGAUACAUUAAUGGAGAUAAUCGAACAACAUAAUACUUUACCAUGUGAAGCAGUGAAGCUUCUGAAGGAAUUUAACAAUGUGUUUGCGGUCACUGAUGCAGAGCUCACCCAAACGGACUUGGUGGUUCAUGAAAUUGACACAGGAGACCACAAGCCCAUAAGACAGAAAACCAGGCCAGUACCCAUAGCAGCGCGGAAGGAAUUCAAAGGAGUCCUCAAAGACUUGGUGGAACGCGGCAUCGUGGAAAGAAGCUCUUCUGACUGGGCGUCUCCAGUAGUUCUCGUAAAGAAGAAGGAUGGCGCACUCAGA